AUGUUUUGGUCCUCGUCGCUGUUGCUGUCGUUGUUUGCUCUUCCUGUUGUCGCCGAACCCGUCAAUGUCCCUUUAAUUCGCAGGCAGGCGGCGCGAGCCGCCAUCGACGACUUUGUUGCUUCAGCGGAAUUCAUGCGCGCGCGGUACGGGUUCGAGACCCUAUCCUCCAAGCUCCAGAGGCGUGGCUCAACUGCAGGCAUUCCCAUGAUAAACCAGUUCUCAGACUCAUCCUAUAUCGCGAGCAUCUCGAUAGGCACACCGUCCCAGAGUUUCCCCGUCGUGCUCGACACUGGCUCCUCGGACCUCUGGCUCUCGUCUACUAAUUGCGUGUCAUGCGCGUCAGGCACGCCCGAGUUCAACCCCUCCUCGUCCUCGUCUCUUACCCAACCAUCCUCGGCGGGUAGUGGCGGAGGUAACAGCAGUGGUGGCAGUGAGGUCAGCAUCCAAUAUGGGAGCGGUACGGUGCAGGGCACGCUCGCGCAGGACACCGUGAGCAUGGGCGGCUUCACUGUCAAGUCGCAGACGUUCUUGCUCGCGAACCAGGUCACGUCGCAGCUGCUCUCGGGAAACGUCUCUGGUAUUAUUGGCCUCGCGUUCGAGGCUCUCGCGUCUACGCAGGCGACACCGUUCUGGCAGGCCCUCGUCUCAGACGGCCAGCUGGCGAGCGGCGAGAUGAGCUUCUGGCUCACCCGCUUCGUCGAUGACCCCACCGCCCAGGCGGAGGAGUACGGCGGCGUGUUCACGCUCGGCGGCACGAACAGCAGCCUCUUCACGGGCAACAUCGAGUUUCAGAGCCUCACCGGCUCGAGCAGCAGCCCGUCGUUCUGGCUGCUCACCGUCUCCGCCGUCACCGUACAGGGCAAGUCGGUCUCCUUCCAGAACGGCACUUCUGCACAGGCGGCAAUCGACACCGGCACGACGCUCAUCGGCGCGCCCACGCAGGCGGUGCAGGCGAUUUACGGUGCGAUUCCCGGCGCACAGGCGCUGACGGGCCAGUACGCGGGCUUCUGGUCGUUCCCGUGCUCGACCAACCUCAAUAUCUCGUUUGCGUUUGGGGGACAGUCAUGGCCUGUUAGCGCCGCGGAUAUGAAUCUCGGGAGCGUCGACAACAAAAAUGACUGUCUCGGCGGCAUAUUUGACCUCAAUCUCGGCUCCAGCGUCGGGAACGGGAACCCCAGCUGGGUGUUCGGAGACACUUUCCUGAAAAAUGUGUAUAGCGUGUUCCGCGCGAAUCCGCCGGCGGUCGGCUUUGCACAACUGUCAAAUGCCGCAGGAGGUUCUUCAGGUACUCCUGGUACCCCCGGCUCUGCGACAUUCACCCAGACCGGCUUGCCACUGCCUACGAGUUCGAGCUCGAGUGGGAGUGGAAGUGGGAGCGGAAGCGGAAACGGAAGCGGGAGCAGCUCAGGCGCGUCGCCUCUGAUUGUGAACUCGCACGCGGCUGCCCUGUCGCUGGUCGCGCUCGCCGCGGCGUGGCUUGUCGCUGCAUGA